CGCACUCCCAAACCGUGUCCACAUGUGAAUAUUAAGUCAGUUGUUUAGUGGUCUGUGCUAGUGUAAACACAACAAAUAAUCAAUAGUUUGUCCUGUAUCUUUAGUGUUAUUACGUCUGCGUUAUGUGGUGGUGGAUAGUGGCGGCGGUGGCCUCAGCGGCCGCCACUCUGUGGUACUGGUUGAUGAUUUGUCCCCAAAAGUACUGGCUGGAAAGAGGGGUGAAGCCGAGAACUUCAGGGUUUCUCCUGGGGGAUAAUUUAGGAAUCUUUCUGGGAAGACAGUCCCUUGUGGAAAUGGUCGAAGUGGUUUAUAAAAGCUGUCCAAAUACUAGGUACGUAGGCACCUACCAGUUUUUCCGGCCAAGCCUUCUGGUCAAAGAUCCAGAUCUCAUCAAGCAAAUCACCGUCAAAGACUUUGACCAUUUCUUGGACCACCGAAGUCUAAUUCCAGAAGACAGUGAACCCCUAUGGUCCAAAAAUCUGUUUGCUUUGACUGGUAAAGCCUGGCGCGAUAUGCGAUCAACCCUCAGUCCGGCUUUCACCAGCAGCAAAAUGAAGCACAUAUUCACUUUAAUAUCGCAAAAUGGUGAACAAUUCGUCAAUCACUUUUUGAAAAAAGACGAAAAACUUAUUACGGUUGAAAUGAGAGAUAUUUUCACUAGAUUCACUAACGAUAUCAUCGCCAGUGCUGCCUUUGGAAUAGAGUGCGACUCUUUGAGCAACAGGAACAACGAGUUCUACCUCAUGGGAAAAGAAACCACAAAUUUCAGCGGCUUCAGGAAAAUUUUUUCGUUCUUUUUGAUAAUGCUAAUACCUAAAGUGGCUAAGUUAUUGAAGAUGACAAUGUUUUCACAAGAAGUUAACAAUUUCUUCACUACUAUAGUCAAGAGUAGUAUUCGCAGCCGCGAACAACUUGGAAUAGUAAGACCCGACAUGAUCCAUCUUCUCCUAGAAGCUCGCAAAAAUGGCCUCAAACACGAAGAAACUCAGCCUGCUCAAGACACAGGUUUUGCUACAGUCCAGGAAUCGGAAAUCCACAAGGACCCCAAAAAUGCGAAAGCGGAAAUCACAGAUCAAGACAUGACGUCUCAAGCUCUGAUUUUCUUUUUCGCUGGUUUUGAGUCAGUUUCAGCUGUAAUGUGUUUCAUGGCACACGAACUUGCGGUUAAUCCAGAGGUCCAGGAAAGACUCAUCCGGGAAAUAGAUGAAACUUUGGAAGGUUGUAAAAGUGGAGUCACCUAUGAGGCGCUUCUUGGUAUGAAAUACAUGGAUAUGGUGGUUUCUGAAACAAUGAGGAAGUGGCCUAAUCCUGUUGUGGAUAGGAUUUGUACGAAAGCCUACACCAUAGAGCCGAAGCUUCCACACGAGAAACCUGUACACUUGAAAGUAAACGAUGCGGUAUGGAUUCCCGUUUUUGGUAUUCACAGAGAUCCUGAAUACUAUCCAGAACCAGAUAAAUUUGAUCCUGAAAGGUUCAACGAUGAAAACAAGGUCAAUAUUAAUCCGUACACGUACAUGCCUUUUGGAGCCGGACCUAGGAAUUGUAUUGGUUCUAGGUUUGCUCUACUGGAGAUUAAAGCGUUAUUUUUUUAUGUUUUGUCACAUUUUGAAAUAGUCCCAGUGGAGAAGACACAGAUACCUUUGGUUUUAAGUAAGAAGAAGCUAAAUAUGACUGCGGAGAACGGGUUCUGGUUAGGGCUUAAACGUCGCUCUAAAGUCUAAAACUUGACACUUAAAAUGUUCAUUUUAUAAGAUAUUAUACGAUUUGUUUAGUAAAAAUCAUGUGUUUUGUAUCACCAAUAAAAUAAAAAGAAACAUGAUAAA